AUGCCGCCAGAUGAGGAGCCCCUCGACGCCUUGGAUGCAGUGGACUACGAUCCAAUCGACCACCUAAAUGCUAUAUUCUCACAUCCAUCCACCCUCGCCUCGGUCUCUCAGAUCUCCGACAGCCUCCACACCUACGAAGAUGAACUGGACAACGAUAUCGGCACCCUGGUGGAGGAGCAGGUCACCUCCAAUGCGGAAAGUGUGGAACGCAUCCAAACCGCCAAGUCAGACCUGUCGGAGCUGUUUAAAAAGAUCGAUGACGUACGCGAGCGCGCAAUGAAGACCGAACAAGCCAUUACCGACAUGACGGCCGACAUCAAGCAAUUGGACAACGCGAAGAAGAACCUGACCUUGUCGAUGACGGCGCUCAAGCGGCUCCAGAUGUUGACCACUGCUUACGAUCAGCUCCAAGCCCUCAGCCGAACACGACAGUACCGCGAUUGCGCACAGCUACUUCAGGCGGUGAUCCAGCUCAUGGCCCACUUCAAGUCGUACCGAUCGAUCGACCAGAUUGCGAUUUUGAGUAGGAAUGUGGCGGAUAUUCAACGAGAUCUUCUGGAGCAAGUCUGUGAAGACUUUGAGAUUGCCUUUGCAAAGAACGAAGUCGCUCAAAAGCGGGGGAUGCUUUCUGAGGCUUGUUUGGUUAUUGAUGCACUGGGGGAGCAUGCGCGGUCGAGGCUGGUCACUUGGUACUGCAAUACUCAACUUCGAGAGUAUCGUCAGGUAUUCCGAAAUAAUGAAGAGGCUGGGUCUUUGGACAACAUUUCCCGACGAUACGCGUGGUUCCGACGCAUUCUGAAGAUCUAUGAUGAAGAGAAUGCCACAAUUUUUCCCACUUCGUGGCGUGUCAAUGAACUCCUGGCCAAUGUCUUCUGUGAAGGUACCCGGGAUGACUACAAGGGGAUCUUGUCUCGUUCGGUCCGCAGUGGCCAAACAAUUGAUGUAAACAUGUUACUCUCCUGUUUGCAGGAAACUCUUGAAUUCGAACAUUCCCUCGAGCGUCGAUUUGCCCCUCCUUCGCGCACAUCUACGGACACUCUUGCUUCAACGGAAAAUCCCACCUUCGGACAGUCUAUCUCCGAGGCUUUCGAGCCUUAUUUGAGCGUCUGGGUGGAAGCACAAGACAAGCAGCUGGCUGCCCUGUUACCCAAAUACCGCCAACAACCACUGAGACCUCCGGACGAUGAAUUCAAUUCCCAUACUGUGAUCUCCUCGUCGACUGAGCUCUUUACUUUUUACCGCCAUGCACUGCAACAAUGCGCUAAGCUUUCCACUGGGGUUAGUCUUGCAGAGUUGGCAAAGGUAUUCGCAAAAUACCUGGAUCAAUAUGCACAGCAAGUUCUCCUCGCGUAUAUAAGUGAGCGCCCUGCUGGUCAGAUUCCGGCCAAAGUACCCUCAAUCGAAGACCUGGUGUCUGUCCUCAACACUGCUGAUUACUGUUACACUACUUGUAAUCAAUUGGAAGAAAAAAUCAAGGGUCGACUGGAUGAGAGCCUCAAGCAGUCAGUAGAUCUGCAGAGCCAAGCGGAUUCUUUCAUGGGGAUUGCAUCUGCAGCUGUGCGGGGACUCGUCCGCCAAGUGGAGGUCGAAUUGGAGCCUUCUUGGCGCGAAAUGCGCAACACGCCAUGGAGUAAGAUCGAGGCUGUCAGUGACCAGAGCUCCUACGUGGGCGAAUUGCUUUCUCGAACGAAAGACAAGGCAGCUGAGAUUUUACUGCUGCUGCAUAAGCAGCAAUAUGCGCGUGCUUUCUCUGAUCAUUUGGUAGAAUUGAUGUCAAGCUUGUUCAUUACCAAUGUCUUCCAAUGCAGACCAGUUGCAGAAACUGGUGCUGAACAGAUGCUUCUCGAUUCUUUCACCCUUAAGAGCGGCCUCACAUCCCUCCUUCCCGCGCCAGCGCCGGCAGGCUUUGUCAAGCGAGUGAACGCCAGCUUCUACAAAAUCGAAACGCUCCUCAAAACCCUCCAAGUCCGACCAUCUCCACCCGAGGCCCUCGUACAAGCAUACCUAAUUCACAUUGCGGACCGCAACAAUACCAACUUCCGUAAAAUCCUUGAUCUCAAGGGUAUCCGCAAUCGUCAAGAACAAAAUCAUCUCGUGGAGCUAUUUCAGCUCCACCGCGCCUCAGACCGCUACGCCGCUAAUCUCCAGCAAAGCAACCCAAUACUCACUGCCCUUCAAGCGCCCGCGGCUACCACAACAACCGGUUCUGUAUCCCAGGGCCUUGGUCUAGGCAGCACCUCGUCAAUGCCAUCCCGCUUUGACGCCUCUAUGCUCGGAUCAGCCCUUAUUUCCGCGGCCAAGGAUGGCGUCGACCGAUUCGGAAAUCCCAGCUUGGCUUCCGGUGUAGCUGGUAUUACAGGGACAGCGUCCACCGGUGGGGCAGGUGCGUCUGGUACGUCUUCGCCAGCACCAGCUAGCUCGAGCCAACAAGCCAGCCAUCUAAACACCCCGUCUGAGACGAGUGCUGCGACCAAUUUGAACGAGAAUCUCAAAAAUAUUGGCAAGUUCUUCCGUCGUGAUUUGGGAGGGUUUGGAGGUCGGUUUGGGCGUGGUGCAGAUGAAUAG